UGUGUUAUUAGGGCAUAGGCACACUUUCAACACCGGCUGAAAGUGGACUGGUCUUUUCGGGGACGGGGAGAGGCAGACGGAUAGCCGUAGCUUGCUAGCUAACACAUUGAUGGUAGUCCAGGCUGGGAGGAAAGUGGAUGAAAAUGUCGGAUACCAAGGUAAAAGUUGCAGUCAGAGUCCGACCCAUGAACCGGAGAGAAACGGAACUGCAUACGAAAUGUGUGGUGGAUAUGGAGGAAAACCAAACUGUUCUGCAUCCACCGCCUUCCAACAAUAAAGGAGAAAACAGCAGGUAAAAACACAUUUACACUUAUUCAACAUCCUGAUAUGUCUUUAUUAUAUAUUGUUUUAUGCCU